CAGUCACUCUUUCCGUCGGAGAUGGCCCUCGCUUCCAUCGCAACCUUCUUCCACUCCAUACCAACAAGACACACCUGAAUAUCUCCCUCGGCUCUUCAGCUUCAUCCCUCCAUGCUGACUAGAGCGCAUACAUGAGCUCAUCCAGAUCGCGUCCGGGGCGUGUGGCCCGUGUGAACAGCGCAGCCAUCGUCCUCAGCGAUUCAGACGAGGCAGAGGCAGGACCUAGUCAGCCUCGUCGAACAUUAGCCGCCUCACGCAAACGCACAUCCAGGACGCCUUCUUCCUCUACAGCCUUCUCCCAGUCCUCGGCAGGCAAGAAGACAGCUGAUCAAGAUGAUAAGAAACCGCUGGUUGUCACGCUCAAGCGAGGUACCAGAGCUAAGAGGGAACGAGUGUCCUCAUCACCGCCGGUGAUCAUACCCUCUUCAAGUGCCGAUGAGCGCCCACUCCCUCCUACCGUCACACCCCCAGCCACGGGACGCUCUACGAAUACACAACAGACCAGUGGCUCAGAUUCGGACGAUGGCUUCUUUAACCUCAGGCCGUCUGCAAAGACAAAGAGAAGGCAGACGCAAACACAGGCAGCAACGCAAGGAGCAAACGGCAGCGGGGCAGGGACAGCCUCGCAGGAGCAACCGCCCGCAUCUCAGCAGUCUGAAAUCCCGCCGAGCUCCUCACCUGAAGACGAGCAUUCCUCCGAGGCAGAGUCGUCUCGUUGGAAGCGAACCAGAAUAGAGCGAUUGCCGAGCUGGACGAGGACGAAGGGAAUACCCACGCAGACAUUGAGCGAUGAUGGCAGUGAUGCAGAGCAUAUAGUCAGCAGAAGGAAUUCCCAGGAUCAAGACAUGAGGGAAGGAAGCGAGGGCGCUGCCAGAAGGCGCAAGAGCGCCAGCCUGACGCCUCCACCGGUUACGACGGCAGCAUUGCGCGACAAGGUAGGCGAAAUCGUAUCUAGGAUCAUCCCCGUCGCCCGCAGGACGAGCGUGAGCAGCGAAAGUGGACGCUCGUCUCCAGAAGUGCACCGGACUACAGGUCCUCGACCACGCGCCAUCGGGGACUCUCCUUCCAAGAGACAGCGCUCGCAGGCGAGCGUCCCCAGCGGAGUUGGACGUGGGCCCGCAGAGGAGGAAGACGAGGGAGAUGUAGCUAUCGAGGCUCUGCACCCCGACCUGGCGCUGCUCUAUCGGGGCAAGCAGGCGGCUGCCGUUCGUAAGGCAGCCGAGGCGAAGAGGAAAGCCAUGCUUGAGGAAGAGGAGCAGAGGCGCAAGGCGAGAGAGGAGAAGGCGAGGAAGAGGAAAGAGGCAGCGCAGGCAAUGCUCAGCUCAGGUCACCCGGCCAUCUCCCUCGUGGACUCGGACGAAGACUCCCCAGUUCCUCAACAGCUUCUCGCCCCGCCUCGCUCAGAUCUAGCCACAACCAUCUCCCCAACAGUCUCUCCCGAUCCCGCAGGCGUUGCACAGUCCCACACUUCCUCCUCUGCCGGUGCAGAAGGCGGCGCAGAAGGCGGUACAGGAGGAGAAGACGGUAUCGAGCGCAUUGCCCUUACUUUACGCUCUUCGUCGGGACAGACAAUGGAGCUCAAGGUUCGUUCCACGACGACUUUUGCCAAGAUGCUAGAACACUUUCUAAAAAGCGUGGAAGGAGCAGCAUUAAGUGUUGCACAGAGGAAAAAGGCGAGGAUGAUGUGGGAUGGACAGCCCCUCCUCCCUAAUCAGACGGUACAGGACGUAGAAGACCUCGAAGACGGGGAAUUGAUCGAUAUUCUCUGGUAAUUCGACUCAGCCUACUUUGUACAAAUCUUCACCCUCUCCCUCUCCCACUCGCAGCC